GGGGGAGCAGGCACUGGGGGCGGCUGCAGGAGCCUCCCUGGGAACAAAGAGCCGGAGGUGCCCCGGGAUGCUCGCCCGUGGCUGCUGCCUUGAUCCGGAGUGACGACGGUGCCAGAGGCCAGCGCGGCGGCUGCUGCUGCUGCUGCUGCAGGAAAGAUUGCACGUGUUUCUCCGAGACCCGCGGCUGGUGGUUGCUGGACUCUUGGGCUGAGGAGGAAGCCGCAGGUGAGAGUUGGGAGAGGAACAAUGAGGGGAAACCCAGCAGAGGAUUUAUGGGACGUGCUAGAUGACAGAAAAGGGAGCACAGCCUAAAAACUGGAGCAAAAGAGAAGAACAGAAAUGGAUAGCCUGAUCGUCGGCAUGGAGUCCGAAAAAUAAUGCACAAAGUUAGAAAAAGGAGCCUAUGUCCUCCACUUAGCCAACGCUUCACUUCUGAACAAAGCUUUAAACCUCAGUGCGAAAUGCAGGCAGGCAAGAAAUUAUAUGAAUGUUUGGACUGUGGAAAAGGCUUCAGCACGAGUGGAAAUCUUAAUAAACAUCAAAGAACCCACACUGGGGAGAAACCACAUCAAUGCUUGGAGUGUGGAAAGAGCUUCAGCCAGAAAGGACAUCUUCUUGUACACCAUAGAAGCCACACUGGGGAGAAACCACAUCAAUGCUUGGAGUGUGGAAAGAGCUUCAGCACAAGUGGACAUCUUACUUCACACCAUAGAACCCACACUGGGGAGAAACCACAUCAAUGUUUGGAAUGCGGAAAGAGGUUCAAAACGAGUGGAGCUCUUACUGUACAUCACAGAACGCACACUGGGGAGAAACCACAUACAUGUAUAUUGUGUGGAAAGAGCUUCAGCACAAGUGUAAAUCUUACUUCACACCACAGAACCCACACUGGGGAGAAACCACAUCAAUGUUUUGAAUGCGGAAAGCGAUUCAGCACAAGUGGAGCUCUUAUUAUACAUCACAGAAUCCACACUGGGGAGAAACCACAUAAAUGCUACGAGUGUGGAAAGGCCUUCAGCGCGAAUGGAGAUCUCACUAAACACCAUAGAACCCACACUGGGGAGAAACCACAUAAAUGUUUGGAGUGUGGAAAGAGCUUCAGGCAGAGUGGAGAUCUUACUUCACACCAGAGAAUCCAUACUGGGGAAAAACCACAUAAAUGCUGGGAGUGUGGAAAGAACUUCAGAACGAGUGCACAUCUUACUGUACACCAUAGAACCCACACUGGAGAGAAACCAUAUACAUGUUUGGAGUGUGGAAAGAGCUUCAGUCAGAGUUCAAAACUUUCUAUUCACCACAGAACCCACACUGGGGAAAAACCACAUAAAUGCUUGGAGUGCGAAAAGAGCUUCACCACAGGUAGACAGCUUACUAUGCACCAUAGAACCCACACUGGAGAGAAACCACAUAAAUGUUUGGAGUGUGGAAAGAACUUCAGAACGGGCAGAGAGCUUACUCUACAUCAUAGAACCCACACUGGAGAGAAACCACAUAAAUGUUUGGAGUGUGGAAAGAACUUCAGAACGAGUGGACAUCUUACUAUACACCAUAGAAUCCACACUGGGGAAAAACCGCAUAAAUGCUUGGAGUGCGGAAAGAGCUUCAGAACAAGUAGGCAACUUACUAUACAUCACAGAACCCACACUGGAGAGAAACCAUAUAAAUGUUUGGAGUGUGGAAAGAGCUUCAGCCAGAGUUCAAAACUUUCUGUUCACCACAGAACCCACACUGGAGAGAAACCACAUAAAUGUUUGGAGUGUGGAAAGAGCUUCAGCCAGAAUUCAAAACUUUCUAUUCACCACAGAACCCACACUGGAGAGAAACCACAUAAAUGUUUGGAGUGUGGAAAGAGCUUCAAAAAUGGGGGGUCUCUUACUAUACACUAUAGAACUCACACUGGAAGAAGAAGGAAGGCUCUCCUCACUGCACAUGCGUAAAUUCAAACAGGUCAGGAAGCAUACACAUGAAACUGAAAUAUAAACCCUUGUGAGAUUUCUGCUUCUGAUUUGUCUUGCUUGCCUCUGAGGAAACGCAAAGAUGUGUUUUGUUGUUUUAUGAAUAACUGUGCAAAAUUCAUUCAAACUGAAUAAUGAAUUUUUGUCUUUCACAGCAUAUACUUUAUUUUAAUUGCCUCUGAAUACUGGAUUCUGGGUGAAAACCAGACUGUGCUUAGGAGUGUAAUGGACAUUUUUAAAAAAGUUAAACCAGAGAUGGGAAUUAUUUAACUGUUAAUUAUUUAAAAGCCAUUAGGUUUUUUGAGGCCAAAGUACGAUCUCAGCAACAUUAUCGAGCUCAACUUACAUCCCCCCUCAGAUGAUUGUGCAAUCCAAAUUUUAAGAGGAAUCUUUCAAGUUGCUGAAUUCUCUCCCAAUGAAAUUUUAAGACCUGAAUCUUGAAUUUAAAAAAUAGGUGGAAACCAAGAUUUGGCUAAAACUUAAUCCCCUCCAAGUGGUUUGACCUCUUUGAUAGUAGUGGAUACUUUUAGUUUCACCUAGUGUACAAAAUUGGAAUCUAAACUAUUGAUUUCGUGUUUUUCUCCGGAGUUUUUAUUAUCCUUGGGCUUUGAUAGUGCCAAGAAGGCCCUUAAGCAGAUGAUUAGCAAUAUGGAUCCUCAAAAGGUUAUUAGUUUGGUCCCAACAUUCCUUAUCCUGGAAAAAUGAUUGUCAGCUUAAACCAGCAAAUUAUCGCUAGGAAUUGACAGUCCCUACCCAUCGCAGGGCUUUUUCCAACGUCACUCACUGGAAUGCUCUGCCUUUUGCGGUGCUGUCUGGGAAGUUUUGGAAUGUUCCAUAUGAUGCGAUGGUUUGUCCCUGUAAUUCUGGACCAUUUGAGUCCAUUGAACAUACAAUACAAUAAUUGUAUAUUUUACCAGUCAAUAUAAGAAAUUAUUUUAUGAUUCUGCUUUUUUAGAAUUAUUUCAUGCCACCUAUUUACUUUCUGGAUCAAAUCUUGAGACUAAUUUUAAAGUGACUAAAUUCUGUAAGGCUUCUAAGGAAUUGCAGGCCAGCCAUGACACCGGUUCGGUUCAAAUACGGACUGAAUUUGAACCGACCCAGUCGAACCGGCUUGUGGGACGGCUCAGGGGAGAGUUUACUUGUAUAGGGUUAGGGUUAGGAUUCCUCUUCACAAGUAAACUGCAUUCCCUAGAGUAAAUACAUACCUGUAGAGAGGUGAGAAAAAUGUACUUUAAAAAAAAAUUCAGGUGCCAGGGCAGCAGAUAUGGUAGAUAAAUCAGAGGUGGCUCCAACCCCUCCACCAAAACAAAAAGAUUCAGACUGAGUUGGGGUCAAAGUUUUGCAGCUCCUGCUGUGUAGUUUCAUUUUUGAGGAUGAUGAAAUGUACUGGUUUGAUUUUGUAGGGAAAGAGAAGUUUGGUUUUAUUGGUCGUGUGUUUUUUAAAAAUUGAGAGAGUUUGAGUUACGCUGAUGGGGUAUUUUGAAAAAUAUAGGAGAGAAAUUUGUGUGUGUAUAUAGGAGGCUGCUUUUAGCAAAGGAGAAUUCUGUUGAAGAGACCUGUUGGAGAGCUGGAGGAGAGUCUUCAAUUAGUAGAAGUACCAAGUGGAGUAUGAGUUUGGAAAGGAAUUCAAGUAGAAGAACUGAAGUCUUGCUGGCAUAGUCUGAGAGAGGAACAGAACUGGGGCUAAAAAGAGCCAAGAAAUCACUGGCAGAGAGUGGAAACUCUCCGGAGAGCUGAAAACACUCACCAGCAAGAAGACCCAUCUGGGCUGAACCUCAGAACUGUGAAGAAGAACAAGACCUGAGGCUGAACAAGGGAAAAGCCGGGUGGCUGAAAAGCGGAAGUGAUUGCAAAGUUAGGGCACAGUCAGAGUUAGGCCUGCUCGAUGCGUUUUGACCACAUUUUGUUUGUUACUUAUGCUCUGUUCGUUGGGGUUUGUUUUUUGUUUGCUGUGUUUUGUACUAGAAUUUUAAAGCAACUAUUCAUUUUGAGUGAAUUAAAUGCUAAAUAAAAUUACUUGUUUGUCUUUAAAGAAGAA